AUGGCCCCGUUGCAGCCAGAGAGUCUCUUCUGUAAGCUGGGCACAGCACCGGCUGAUGAGGUUUUCGCUCUGAUGGGCGCUUUCGAGGCUGAUACGCAUCCGGACAAAGUCAGUCUGGCAGCCGGUGUGUACAGAGACGACGAUGCGAAAAGUUGGAGGCUACCAGCCGAACAAUUGCUCCUGGAUGACCCAACUUUUGACCAUGAAUAUCUCCCCAUCCCGGGUUACGCACCAUUCUACAACCUGGCUAGAGAUCUGAUCUUCGGCAAGGGAGCGUCCAGUGUCCCGAAGGAACGAAUUGCCAGUCUUCAGACCAUCUCAGGGACAGGCGCAAACCACAUUGGAGCCCGUUUCCUAGCUGACCACCUCCCAAAACUAUCCAACCCCAGUGCGAAGCGUACCGUCUGGAUCUCUGACCCAACAUGGGCCAACCACCACCUGAUCUGGAGCCUCGUCUCGAGUGGAACCUCGGGAAGCCCUAUCCAGGUGAAAACCUACCCUUACUACCACGAGCCCACCCGAUCUCUCAAGUUCGAGGGAAUGAUGAAGGUGCUCGAAGAAAAUACUGUCACGGGAGACAUCAUCCUUCUUCACGCUUGUGCUCAUAACCCUACCGGUAUCGACCCCACACGCGCUCAAUGGCUACAGAUUGCGGACCUGGUCGAGCGCAAGGGACUCUUCCCCUUCUUCGACUCGGCAUACCAGGGCUUUGCUUCCGGAGACCUCGACAACGAUGCCUGGCCAAUUCGUGAAUUUGCCAGGCGUGGUAUGGAGCUUUGCGUUGCUCAGAGCUUCAGCAAGAACUUGGGUCUCUAUGGCCAGCGUACAGGUGCUUUCCAUCUUGUUUGCAAAUCUGUAGAGGCGACUGCUUGCGCCAGAUCUCAGGUUAUUGAGCUCCAGCGUGGCGAGAUCUCUACGCCACCGUCCUACGGGCCACGGCUUGCCGCCAAAAUCUUGGGUGACCCAGCUCUCAUCGAGAUGUGGAAGGAAGACCUCAUCACCAUGAGCAGCAGAAUCAAGUCCAUGCGCCGUGCUCUGUACAAUGAGUUGCAGAGGCUCCAGACUCCUGGAACAUGGGAACACAUCAUCGACCAGAUCGGCAUGUUCUCGUACACCGGUCUCACCAAGGAGCAAGUCCGCCUCCUGCGCGAGUACCACAUCUACUUGCUUGAAUCCGGCCGUAUCUCAAUUGCCGGAUUGAACAUCGCCAACCUCAAAUACGUUGCCGAAGCAAUUGACGCUGUGGUCCGCAAAACUACCAAAACUGCUACCAACGGAGCAAACGGAUCAAACGGAUCUAACGGCCACUAA